UCCUUCGACGACCUGGAUAGCAAUCUGGUGAUAUAAUUUUAUCGACGACCACCUCAACCCCAACUAAACCACUUCUCCAAGUCUUCUCAACCAUACCACAUUCAAGAUGGUGCAACUAUUUGUGAAAAGCAUUCGCUCGCCGCUUCCCUCGCCAGCAAUUUCGUGACCGCAGCCCCGGCGGAAUUCGUCAAAAGCGCCAAGUCCCUGGCCGGGGGCAAGCCUCUGCGCAUCAUGCCUCUCGGCGCGUCCAUCACGUACGGCCAGGCCUCGUCAACCGGCAACGGGUACCGCGAGCAGCUCCGAACACAGCUCCGAAAGGAGUUUGGCAACCCGGUCAACAUGGUGGGCUCGCGCAAGGGAGGCAAAAUGGCCGACAACGACGUCGAGGGCUGGCCCGGGAUGCGCAUCGAGCAGGUCCACGACAAGGCCAAAGAGUCGGUGCCCCGCGACAAGCCCAACGUGGUGCUCAUCAACGCGGGCACCAACGAUGCGGUGCAGAACUUCAAGGUGAACGAGGCCGGCGCCAGGAUGGAAGCGCUGAUCCGUGAUGUCUACAAAUGGAGCCCCCGCGCCACGGUGGUCCUGAGCACCCUGCUGAUGAACAAGAAGGACGAUGUCGACAAGAGGGUCCAGGACAUCAACAAUCAGUUCCGCGCCGUUGCCCGCAAAUUGGGCCAAGAGAAGAAGCGUAUUGUGCUCGUCGACAUGCACGGCAAGAAUGGCCCUACCGAGAAGGACAUGGCUGAUGACACUCACCCGAAUGAUGCCGGUUAUAAGAAGGUGGCCGAUAUCUGGCUUAAGGGUAUCAGAUGGGCUGGUUAUGCGGGUCUCAUUCAGGACCCGGAGAAGGUGCAGGGCCUGCCUGAUAACGGGCCGGACAACUAAUAAGCGUGAGUGAAGCGCGUGGGUGACUGCUAGGUUUCUUAUGCUUUCAGUUUCUGCUGCAUUGCGGGCGUUGGGGUAACUUAGGGACAGGGUAUAGAUCAUUGUUCUUAGAGGGCUAUAUCCCUCGGUAGUUUUUCAAUUUCAUUUGAAUUUGGCGCAUUCCGAUGAGAGUUUCCUCAUCUCCUUGCGGUAUGGUGUAUAAGUCAUGAU